GGCAGUGGCAGGAUCCCGCCAUUCACAGCGCCAGCAAAGUCAGCUGGGGCGUUCCCGUGUCGAAAGAACACGUCGAGUCUCACUUUACGGACUAUCUGCCGGCUAUACGGGAAGUGCUUAGGAAAGUACAGGAAGGGGACUGGCGAGAAUUUGCUGCGUUCGCAGGCCCCGAACUCUCUCGACUCACCGCAUGGAAUAAUAAGGUCGUUCUGGUCGGAGAUUCGUCACACGCACUCUCUGGGGCGUUCGGCUCAGGCGCCGGAUUUGCCAUGGAGGACGGCUGGAUCCUGGCGCAGGCCCUCUCCUAUCACCGGAACGACCUCAACAAGGCAUUGCCACUAUUUGACGCUAUUCGGGUGCCAUAUUAUACGCGUAUGUACAAGCAUAUCCAGGCGGAAGCAGCCGCACGGGAAAAUAAGCUGCGCGAGCUUGGAGACGUCUCUGAGGAAGACCGCGUCAAAAUCAAAGUAAUCAAAGACGGCGGAAUUGAUAUGAGCUGGAUCUACGAGAACAAUAUUGGGGAAGUGUGGCAGGCACGGGUUGAGAGUCGUACAUAAGAGAAGGGUAUUCAGGAUAGAGGAUCGUGGUCGGCAGGUGCGCCUAUGGGCAGUGCCGACGUAAAGGCUGGAAUCAGUUUGGCCAACUCUGAUUUGUUACUUUGCUGAGGCUGGUCACUGUGUCCUAGCUCUCGCAUGGCACGGUCUUUAGGUCCUGGGAUCUUCGCGUGCGAGGUCAAAGACAUUAAACAUAACGUGAUAUGUUGCAAGGCUACCGGCGUCUACCGGAGCCGUUCAAAUUCAAUGUAUUGGACGUCCUGCUACGUGAGACCAGGCACGUUCCUUGGAGUUUUCGAAGAUGUCGGCCCUGGUCAGGACUCUGUAUGGUCUACUCUACCCACUCUCAACGACGUAAUUAUAGGCCGGUCUACGGACUGCUCACGGAUCAUUACUACCAGAGAUUCUCGAAUACUUUGCGCGACCAAUCGGACUGUGGAUGACCAGUGGGGAGACCAAGUUACAGGCUCCAUGCCCAUCUACGCCCCUGCAGAUAACUGGCAGCAGGGCGCAAACUGCUCGACAUGUUAUUCUCGACCCAACGCGAGCGCCGCCCAUGACGGGUCAUGGCACGACACCUCCUAUAUUCCCGGCGGACCUGCGCCGAUGGCCGUCAGCUAUCAGUUCAACGACAACCACUCGAAUUACACCACUCUCACAAACCUUACCUUCAGCCUGGACAACCGGACGGUUGGGUCAUACACGCACACCCCUAACCCGCUUGCACCCAUUUUCGAAUACGGCGUCCCCGUCUACGCGAACGCCUCGAUUCCCAACGGAGAACACACCUUCGAAUUGGAAGCUACCGCGGGCCACGACGGAUCGGUCAUUCUAUUUGACUACCUGCAGUAUACGUACGAGGAACCGAGUGACCCGCGCAGCACAUCUGGGUCUGGCGGCCGAAACACCGGUGCCAUCGCCGGGGGUGUCGUGGGCGGGCUCGCCGUCCUGGGCCUUGUGAUCGCAGCAGCCGGCGUCCUCCUGGUGCAGCGGAGCCGCAGGCACGCGGCGACGCCGUUCCUCUCGGGCGAAGGGCAGGGAACGACGUCUGCCUCCGCGGCCGAGCACACGUCGCCGAGCAUGGUCCCGCCCCUCGGCAGGAAGAUGCGCAACGUGGAUCAACCAGCGGCGCCUCGUGACGUACUCACCCGGCAGGUCCAUGCCGCGCUCCCUACGUCUCCGGCGUGGUCGCAUCGUAUAGACGCGUUGCAGCAACAGGUGGAGAGACUCACGCAGGAGCAAAGGGUCUUGGCGUAUGAGCAGAUUGGUGACAAGGGUUUAGCGGUUGCAAAGCAGGGUGCCGUCGAGGUGCAGGGUUUUAGCGAGCCGCAGCGCUCAGGCAGCGGGGAUACGACUAAUGUUCGGCUGGCGAUUCUCUUAUAUUAUGAUGACGGGGAUAUUUCGCGAACGUACAGUAAGACGAUGGGGUCUGCGAGGCGAGUCGACAGUUUCUCGACUGCGAUUAUGACACUUCUUCUGCAUCACAGUUCUCGUGAUCCUCGCGAGGGAGUCAGAGCGUCUCGGAUCGACCUCGACACACCGAGUGAUGGCGGCCGCUUCUGUGCCUAA